CAUUCCUAAAGCCAAGGUGGGCGCACCGGUGUAACCGUGAACCGGCAAAAUUUGUGUGUCAAAGUCCAAACAUUUUCGUUGACGCUUAUCUGGUGACUGUAUAUCCGGAACAUGGCUGCAAAUUCAGGGCUGUUGGCAGGGAAGACCAUAUUCAUCACUGGAGCAAGCAGAGGCAUUGGGAAGGCCAUUGCGCUGAAGGCAGCAAAGGAUGGGGCCAACAUCAUCAUAGCAGCCAAGACCACCACACCUCACCCCAAACUCCCAGGGACCAUUUACACUGCUGCCAAAGAAGUUGAGGAUGCAGGGGGAAAAUGCCUGGCCUGUGCUGUGGAUAUCAGGAAUGAUGGGGCCAUCCAGUCGGCCAUGAGGGAAGCAGCGGACAAGUUUGGGGGAAUAGAUAUCCUGAUCAACAAUGCCAGUGCCAUCAGCUUGACCGGGACAGCUGCUACAGACCCCAAGAGAUUCGAUCUCAUGAUGGGAAUCAAUGCUAGAGGCACAUACAUGUGCUCUAAGUUUGCCCUGCCCUAUCUGCAGAAGUCCAGCAACCCACACAUCCUUAACAUCAGCCCCCCACUCAAUAUGAAUCCAAGAUGGUUCAAGGACCACGUAGCUUACACAAUGGCCAAAUAUGGGAUGUCCAUGUGCGUGUUGGGGAUGUCGGAGGAGUUUAAACCUUUGUCGAUUGCAGUGAAUGCUCUCUGGCCCCGUACUGCAAUUUACACUGCUGCCAUGGAGAUGUUAGGGGGAGGAUCAGAGGUUGCUAAUCAGUGCAGAAAGCCUGAGAUAAUGAGCGACGCUGCUUAUGUGAUGCUGACAAGAAAGAGCUCGGAAUACACAGGGAACUUCGCCAUUGAUGACGAAGUUCUGACCAGUGCAGGAGUUACUGACCUUGAUCAGUACGCCUGGGUCCAAGGUAGUACCUUGCUCCCUGAUUUCUUCCUGGAUGGUGAAGAUCCACACAAAAUCCGACAACAGAUGGAAGAGAAGGGGGGCACCCCAGCCUUUGGUGGUGGAUCCAAGUCUGCUGCAGGAGGACCAGCACAGACAUUCAGUGCUAUAGAGGGUCUCCUGAGUGAAGAUCUUGUGUCUUCCAUGAACGGGGUCUUUCAAUUCAAUUUAACAGGUCCAGAAGAAGGUGUAUGGUUCAUUGACCUUAAAACUGGGUCAGGAAAAUUAGGUCAGGGAGAGGCCCCAGGGGGAGCGAACUGCACAAUGACCCUGGACAGUGAGGAUUUUGUAAAGAUGUUCAAAGGAGAAUUGAAAGCAGUGUCGGCUUUCAUGUCUGGGAAGUUAAAGAUUCAAGGCGAUAUGGGACUGGCCAUGAAGUUAGAGAAACUGAUGAACAAAAUGGACAGAUCUAAAUUAUAGAGUUGUGUUGAUAGGUUUUGUAGUGCUUAGGUAGUUGAUUUAUUUUAUGUUUCACAAAAAUUUUGUAUAUUGGAUGAUGCUUAUCAUUUUGCAUGUACCAGUAUUACUUCAUUAUACACAAUAUUGUUGGAAGUUGAAUCAUUUUACGACUGUGAUAAAUCUAAAAGAGAUUUGAAAUGCAGGGAAUGAUAUUACAUCAUGAUAAUAAAUAAAUCUAUUAAACAGCCA